CCUGUGGCUGUCGGUGGUCUCCGAGGUGCUCUACAUCCUUCUGCUGGUGGUCGGCUUCAGCCUCAUGUGUCUCGAGCUCUUCCACUCCAGCAAUGUCAUCGACGGGCUCAAGCUCAAUGCCUUCGCAGCUGUCUUCACGGUGCUCUCAGGCCUCCUGGGAAUGGUAGCCCACAUGAUGUACACACAGGUGUUCCAGGUCACCGUGAGCCUCGGCCCUGAAGACUGGAGACCCCAUUCCUGGGACUACGGGUGGUCCUUCUGCCUGGCGUGGGGCUCCUUUACCUGCUGCAUGGCAGCCUCUGUCACCACGCUCAACUCCUACACCAAGACGGUGAUUGAAUUCCGGCACAAGCGCAAGGUCUUUGAGCAGGGCUACCGGGAGGAGCCGACCUUCAUAGACCCUGAGGCCAUCAAGUACUUCCGGGAGAGGAUUGAGAAAGGGGAUGGGAACGAGGAGGAGGACCUGCGCUUGGACUGCCGCCAUGAGCGAUACCCCGCCCGACACCAGCCACACGUGGGAGACUCCUGGCCCCGAAGCUCUGCACAGGAGGCUCCAGAGCUGAAUCGCCAGUGCUGGGUCCUCGGGCACUGGGUGUGA